CUGUACACAACUCUUAACUCUCAAGCAUUCACAACAUCAUACCUUUCAUUUACAAUCUCACCACCAUAAGCAAGCAACCAAUGGCUGAAGUCGUGCUUUCUUCCCUCCUCCCUGUCCUCUUUGACAAGCUGACUGAUGCAGCUUUGAAAACCAUUGCUCGCCACAAGGGUAUUGAUGCAGAGAUCAAGAAAUUGCAGAAAUCCUUAGUCUCCAUCCAACUUUAUCUUACUCAUGCUUCUCAGAUGGAGAUAACCGAUCCAUCUCUGAAACAGCGACUGAAUGAUCUCCAGCAUCUGGCUUAUGACAUUGAGGACGUCCUCGAUGGUUGGGCAACUGACGCUAUGGACCCUGAGUUCAAGCAAGAGCCAGAAGGCAUCACCGGCAAGGUAAGAAAGCUAAUCACCCCAACGUGUUGCACAACUUUCUCCCGGACUACUACUAUGAUUGCCGAGUUAGAUGAUAUUUCCACCAAACUACAAGAUCUAGUUAAGGAGAAAGAUAACCUUGGUUUAGAUAAUCUUGGUUUGAAAGUGGAAGAGGAAGCCAGGCCAAGAAUUAUUAAUAAUAAUAGAAGAUUACAAACCUCUGUUGUCAACCCUUCUAGUAUUGUUGGGCGCCAAGCUCAUAAAGAUGCACUCGUUCAACAGUUAUUGUUACCCGCUGAUGAACCAUGUGAUCAAAACUAUAGCAUUGUUCCCAUAAUUGGUAUGGGUGGGCUUGGGAAAACUACUCUUGCUAGACUUGUGUAUGACGAACAGCUGGUCAAGGAUCACUUUGAUCUAAAAGCAUGGGUUUGUGUCUCUGAUGAGUUUGAUACCGUUCGUAUAAGCAAAGAGAUCUUUCAAUCUAUGGCAAACCAGGAAGUUGCAGAUUUUAAUCGGCUUCAAGAAGCUCUUAAAGAUCACGUAAAGGGUAAAAAGUUUCUGUUGGUACUUGAUGACAUAUGGAGCGAAAGUUAUGAGGAUUGGGAAACCCUCGUUAGACCGUUGUAUACAUGUGAUCCUGGAAGCAAGAUCAUCAUAACAACUCGGAAGGAUAAGUUGCUUAAAAAACUGGGUUACAAUCCUCUAAACAAGCAGCUGGAGAGCCUCUCAGAUGAUGACGCCUUGUCUUUAGUCGCUCGAAAUGCAUUAGGUGUAGAUAACUUUGAUUCACAUUUGUCGCUCAAACCAUAUGCUGAAGGUGUUGUAAAAAAAUGUGGAGGAUUACCUUUAGCUUUAAUAGCACUUGGUAGAUUGUUGAGAACAAAAAAAGACGAAGUAGAGCACUGGAAGGAAGUGUUAAACAGUGAGAUAUGGAGAUUAAAUAAUGAAGAUGGAAUUCUCCUAGCCCUUAGAUUGAGCUACCAUGAUUUGUCUGCACCUUUGAAGAGGUUGUUUGCAUACUGCUCAUUGUUUCCCAAGGACUUCCUGUUUGAUAAGGAGGAUCUGGUUUUACUUUGGAUGGCAGAAGGGUUCUUGCAGCAGGCAACUCCAAAUGAUUCAACAGAAGAACAGUGCUUGGGUCGCAAAUUCUUUGACGAGUUGAUGUCAAGGUCGUUUUUUCAACAUGCACCUAAUAAUGAAUCAUUAUUUGUGAUGCAUGACCUCAUGAAUGACUUGGCAACAUCUGUUGCUGGUGAGUUUUUUGUAAGGUUAGACGGUGAGGCAAAGAAGGAUAUUGGUGUGGAGAGGUUGAAGUACCACCGCCAUAUGUCAUUUGUUCGUGAAGAAUUUGUAACUUACGAGAAAUUCAAAGGAUUCACCGAAGCCAUAAAAUUGAGGACAUUCUUGGCAACGUCUGUUGGGAAGGUUGAAAGUUGGAGAAGUUGCUACUUAUCCGGUAAGAUUCUUACUGACUUGCUUCCUGAGUUACCAUUUCUAAGGGUUCUAAAUUUGAGCAACUUUAAAAUAAGUGAGCUACCGGAGUCCUUUGGUACAUUGAGGCACUUGAGAUAUCUUAAUCUAUCUCGAACUCGUAUCACACAUUUACCGGAGAAAGUUUGCAAUCUCUUUAAUUUACGAACAUUGAUCCUGUUUGGUUGUGAUAGAUUAACUAAGUUGCCCAACAACUUCCUAAAUCUGAAGAACCUGCAACAUCUUGACGUUAGGGACACCCUCAUUUCAUUUCAGAUGCUGUUAGAGAUUGGUAAGUUGAAAAGCCUACAAAUUUCUCUCUCGAAAAUCGAUAUCGAAAGUGAAAGGGGAAUUGAAAUAGCCAAACUUAAAGACUUUGAGAAUCUAUAUGGGAAAAUUUCUGUUGUAGGUUUGGAAAAAGUGCAAAAUGCAAUUUAUGCACAUGAGGCGAACUUUUCAGAAAAGAGGCUUAGUGAGUUAGAGCUUGUGUGGGGUGAUGAGCUAAAUGAUUCUCGAAAUGACAUGCUUGAAAAGGAGGUUCUAAAUGAGCUGAAGCCUUGUCAUGAUAAGUUAAUAAAACUCAAACUUAUGUCAUAUGGGGGAUCAGAGUUUCCAAAGUGGGUUGGGGAUCCCUCGUUUCUUCAUUUGAAGCAUGUGUCAAUAAGUGGUUGUAAGAGAUGUACAUCAAUACCGCCACUGGGACAGCUAUCAUCACUUAAGGAGUUGUUUAUUCAAGGCCUAAAUGCAGUGGAAGUUGUGGCUUUUGAGUUAUUUGAAUCUGGUCGCGCAUUUCCAUCACUUGAAAUUCUGAGUUUUUGUGAUAUGCGUGGAUGGAAGAAAUGGUCAGGGGCUGUGUUUCCACGCUUGCAAAACCUUGAAAUAAGAAAUUGUCCUAAUUUGGUUGAAGUCACACUUGAAGCACUGCCUUCAUUGAAUGAUCUAGAAUUAGUCAACUGUGACAGUGGUGUGUUGAGAAGUCUGGUUGAAGUAGCAUCAGCAGUCACCAAGUUGGAUAUAAGGGUUAUUUCAGGGCUUGAUGAUGUGGUAUGGGGAGGUGUUAUAGAGUCUCUUGGGGCAGUCGAAGAAUUAAGCAUGCAUAGCUGUAAUGAAAUAAGGUACCUGGUGAAAUCAGAUGCAGAUGCAAGUAAGAUUCUUGUGAAGCUGAGGAAACUGGAAGUGUGGCAUUGUGAGAAUUUGGUGAGUAUAGGAGAGAAAGAAGAGGAGGAUAAUUGUAGAAGCAACCUCCUAACGUCUCUUAGGAAGUUGGAAGUGUAUAACUGUAAGAAUAUGGAGCGUUGCAGCUGUCCAGAUGGCGUUGAGGAGUUGACUGUCUCUGGUUGUAGUUCAAUGAGAGUUGUGUCGUUUCCAAAAGGAGGACAGGAGAAGCUGAGGUCACUUACAAUAUGGAAUUGCAGGAACCUAUUGGAAAAGGAGUGGGGAGGAGAAAAGACGAACAACAGAAGCAGCAUGCCCAUGCUUGAAUAUGUAUUUAUAAGUGAUUGGCCAAAUCUGAAAUCAAUCAUUGAAUUGAACUGCUUGGUUCACCUCACUGAAUUGUUUAUAUCCGACUGUGAAAACCUUGAGUUAUUUCCAGACACUUUAAAAUCGUUAAAGAAACUGGAAAUAAUCAGGUGUCCCAAAUUGGAGGUUUCCUUUCCUGGUGACAAUUUGACAUCAUUGAAGGAACUGAUAAUAAGAGAGUGUCCAAGAAUGGAUGCUUCUUUACCUGGUUGGGUUUGGCCUCCUAAACUGCAAUUCUUAAAUAUUGGGUGGUUGAAGAAGCCCUUCUCAGAGUGGGGCCCACAAAGUUUUCCAACAUCACUUGUGGAACUAUCCUUAUACGGUGGUGGUGAAGAUGGAGGUCGUAGUUGUAGUGAAUUUUCUCAUCUUCUUCCUUCAUCUCUUACUUCUCUUCAAAUAACUGAAUUUAAGAACUUGGAAUCAGUUUCAAUGGGACUCCAACACCUCACCUCCCUCCAAUCUCUCUCUUUUGAAGAUUGCCCUAAUCUGAAGAAAGUGGCUUCCCAUCCCCAGCAACUCACCUCCCUCCACCAUCUCACUUUUUACAGAUGCCCUAAGAUGAUGGAUCUACCAGAAAUGUUGUUGCCUUCACUCUUGAGUUUAAACAUCUGGUAUGAUUGCCCAGGAGGAGGUCUGAAAGAAAGAUGCAGUAAAAACGGGAGUUACUGGCCCCUCAUCUCCCAUAUCCCCUGUAUCACCAUACAAGAAUUCUUAAAUAUGAAGAUUUGAUGCUGCAGCCUGGAAACAUUUUACAGCAGGGAGCAAAAAGUUAGGCUUCAUUGGAAGAUUAUGAUGCUGGCUACCUUUUUCCUUUAUCGUUUUUUUUUGUCGAUACCUAUUGUGUUGGUAAUGGUUCAGACUGCAGAUUGUAUUUUGUGUGUAGUAUACCUAUCUAUAAUAGUGAUUGGUGCAUCACUAAUGUUAGUUGUGACUAUUUCAUCAUUUUAUUUAACCACCCAUUUCCCUCA